AUGGCUACUUUUAUUAGAAAAUUUCGUUAUCAAACAGUACUUUCAAGUUUACUUCAACAAAAUAGACUCCCAGCUACAAUUGUAACUUACCGUUUCUCAAGUUCUAGUAUUAUUAAAUAUAAAUCAUAUGCAACAGAAGUUGGUCGAUCAGAUAGUGAAGAUAUUCAUCCUCGCUUUUCAGAUACUGCUGAUAAUAAUAACAAAACAUCUAUGAACACUAAUAACGCUGAUGGUACAUCUUUUCCAUCUUUACCAGAAUUUUCAUCAGAUAAUAAUAAAAAUGCAAGAUCAAAAUCGGAAGAAUUAACAAUCAAAGAUCUUUCAAAUGAUAUUACUGAUGGUGGCCAGGAUUGA